AUGACCUCCGUUGUUGCUGACUUCGUGCAAGAGUACAAAAAUAAAAGAUGGAUCUACGCGCGUAACGCACCAGCGACCGCCAGAAUAUGCGACGAGAUGCUUCAAGCCGAGCUUCUUCCAGGGGUUGUCACUCACCGAACAAAGGAGCCUUCUAGCCUGGAGCGCAAACUUCUUCAACGGGAGAGUUUACGUGGCCAACUAUAUCCGUCGAAAGAAGCCAUCCAAGACGAGAUUUCAGACCUAGCAGGAGUUCGUAUCGCCGUGUGCUUCCCUCAGGAUAUUGAACGCGUUCAAGACGCGCUAUGUGAACGAUUCGACAUCGAGUUGAAGAAAAGCUAUGGAGCAGUAGGCACCAACAAUAUUGGUUGGGAAACCUCCAACAACAUUCUCCAGCGUCCAGGGUAUUGCGCCACCCAUUGUUGGGUAUAUUUGAGAGACGACGAGCCACAGGCACGGGACGGACUAAGGAGGAGGAGAGUCGAAGUCCAAAUUGUUUCUAUGUUGCGACAUGCUUGGUCUCAAUUUGAACAUGACGCUGUUUAUAAGGCACAAUCAAAACUGAAUACCGAGGAUCGCCAGAUCCUGCACUCAUUGAGCGGUGCCAUUCACCGCGGAGAACGGCUCCUGAAUUAUAUGUCUGAGAACGAAGAAGUCCGACAUCUAUCGACUGAUCUGCUAUUUGAAAUGGUGUAUGAGGUAGGAUGCUUGGUUGCGGAUGUGGUCAAACAGGAAACUCGGGCGCGGGGAACUGCAAAACCCUUAGAGGAGUUCUUGCGACAUUUGAAGAGGGCGAGACCCAAGCCCUUGUCCGGUUCAAUAGCAAAGGCACGCUUAUAGGAUAAAUACCACAACGGCACUGCAUGUAAAAUGCGUCCAACACAGCAAGUCUUGGGGGAGGUUAGAGGGCAAAUGAAGUCAUCACUCGGGGAAAGGAAACCUACAGAGGCGGUGCCCCCGAACAGGGGCCAGGCACUGUCAAUUCUGCGUCAAAUGGUGUACAGAGCGCUACUCAACGCAAUGUUGGAUAUUGCUUGGGACCGGACUGCCAGGAUAGAGAUGUAUCACAUCACAGUGAGG